AUGAGUGCCAACAAAAUCAAGUUUGCCAAUCUCGAGAAUGAGGCGGAGGAGGAUCCGUCAGCAGAACCACCUGAAACCACUGCCGCCUCCGGUGGUGACAAGAAGGAGGACCGCAUCGACGAGCACCUGCUGAACAUCCUGGAGGUGUGCGUGAAGCACACGGUGGACCGGCGAGCGGGCCUCACCUCCGUCGAGGUGGCCGCCCGCCUCGCCCGGGACGGCCCCAACUGCUUCACGCCGCCCCGAGAGACGCCCUGGUACGUGCUCUUCCUCCGCGAGAUGACCACCGGCUUCGCCCUGCUCCUCUGGUUCGCCGGCCUCGCCAGCUUCGUCUCCUUUGCAUUUGACCGCAAUCCGCAGGAUGCGUACCUCGGUCUGAUUCUCGUCUUCACCGUCGUCCUCACCGGCUCCUUCAGCUACUACCAGACGGCCAGCUCCAGCAAGGUCUUCCGCAGCUUCAAGAACAUGACGCCGCAGUCGGCCUAUGUCCUGCGAAACGGCGGCCGCAAGGUGCAGGUGCCCGCGGAGGAGCUCGUCGUCGGGGACAUUGUCUUCUGCCAGGCGGGCGACCGCAUCCCCGCGGACAUCAGGGUGAUCGUCAGCGACUCAAUGAAGGUCGACAACAGCUCCAUCACCGGCGAGUCGGAGCCCCUGUUGAGGACCAUUGAACCGUUGGCUUCCGGCUCCGCCCUGGAGGCCUCCAACCUCGCCUUCUUCAGCACCAACUGCACUGAUGGGUCGGGCGUGGGCGUGGUGAUCGCCACCGGCGACCGGACGGUGAUGGGCGACAUCGCCUCCCUGGUCUCGAACAUCGCCCACGGGCAGACGCCGAUCGCCCGUGAGAUCAGCCACUUCGUGAAGAUCAUCACCCUCAUCUCGGUGGUGAGCGGCGUCGCCUUCGCCGGCAUCUACCUCCUCCUGGGGACCAGCUUCUUCAAGGCCUUCCUCUUCAUGAUCGGCAUCACCGUGGGCAACGUGCCCGAGGGCCUGCUGCCGGCGUUGACCGUCGCCCUGACGCUGACCGCCAAGCGAAUGGCCGCCAAGCGGUGUCUGGUGAAGCACCUGGAGGCGGUGGAGACGCUGGGCAGCACCUCGACCAUCUGCACGGACAAGACGGGCACGCUGACGCAGAACCGCAUGACAGUGGAGCACCUGUGGUUCGGCGGGGAGACGUACGUCUUCAGGGAGGGCGCCAUGAGGCACGACGUCUACAGCAGAGAGCAGGUGGAGGGGAGGGCCACCUGGCAGGCGCUCAAACGAUGCGCCAUGCUCUGCUCCAGGGCGGAGUUUUUGGAUGAAGUUGAGGAGGAGGAGGAGAAGGAAGAAAAGAAGGAAAAGGUGGAGAUCGAGGAGCGACCCACGGCGGGCGACGCCUCUGAGACGGCCAUUCUGAAGUUCCUGGAGCGGGCGUCCGGCGACCGGGUCUCCGAGUACCGCUCCCGGCACCCGAAAGUGGCGGAGAAGCCCUUCAGCUCCUCGCUCAAGUACGCCUACAGCGUCCACCAGCGCUGGCACCCGCAGAGCGGCCUCUUCGAGGGCCACUUUCUGGUGCUCAAAGGCGCCCCGGAGCGGGUGCUCGCCCUCUGCGGCAGUCGGCUGGCGGACGCCUCCUCCUCCUCCUCCGGCGAAACGGUUCCCCUCGAUGACCUCUUUCUGGCUCAGUUUGAGGAGACCUAUCGCCAGUACGGCUCCGAGGGGGAGCGGGUGCUCGCCUUUGCCGACCUGGAGCUGGACCCCGACCAAUUUGGCGCCGACUUCAGGUUCAUCUCCGCCACGCUGGAGCAGACCGUCCGCCUGGAGGGGACGCUCCGCUUUCUGGGCCUCGUCUCCAUGAUGGACCCGCCGCGACCGAGUGUUCCCCAGGCCGUCAGGACCUGUCGCGAGGCGGGCAUCCGCGUGGUGAUGGUCACCGGGGAUCACCCCAUCACGGCGCAGGCCAUCGCCAAGGCGGUCAACAUCAUCUCGGCGCCGCACCGCCAGACGACCAUCCUCUCGCUCACCUCGACGGUGUCCACUUCGGAGGCUGUUGAUAAAGAAGGAGGCAGUGGUGGUGAAGGGAACAAGUCGAUAGUCAUCCCCGGUGACGAGCUGGCUUCGAUGUCUCCCGAUUCACUUGAGGAGACCCUUCUCCUCUACUCGGAGAUCGUCUUCGCGCGGACCACGCCCCAGCAGAAGCUGCAAAUCGUGGAGACCUUUCAGCGGCUGGGCGAGGUGGUGGCCGUCACCGGGGACGGCGUCAACGACUCGCCGGCGCUGAAGAAGGCCGACAUCGGCAUCGCCAUGGGCAUCAGCGGCAGCGAGGUGUCGAAGCAGGCGGCGGACAUGAUCCUCCUCGAUGACAACUUCGCCACCAUUGUCGUGGGCAUUGAGGAGGGCCGGCGGAUCUUCGACAACAUGAAGAAGACGGUCAGCUACAUCCUGGGCGGAAAUUGCACGACCAUCUACCCGUUCGUCGUCUACGGAGUGACCGGCGUCCCGCUGGCCAUCAGCACCAUCACCGCCCUGCUGAUCUCCCUCGGCACGGACAUCGUGCCGGCGGUGUCGCUCAGCUAUGAGCCCGCCGAGGGCGACAUCAUGGCGAUCAAGCCGCGGGAUGCAAAGCGAGAUAGACUGGUGGACAAGCGGCUGCUGGUGCGGGCGUACGCCUACAUCGGCGUGAUGGCCAGUGUGGCCGCCUAUGGCGGGUAUUUUGUGACGAUGUACCUCCAUGGGUACACGCCGGCGAUGCUCUGGCAGUCGAGGAAGCAGUGGGAGGACGUCGGGGGAGAUUUUCCGAGGAUUGUCGGCCAUGAGAAGGAAAGUGGGGCGGCCAUUUAUGAGGCGACGGUGAGUGGCGAAAGUGGUGAAAGUGGAGUUUGGAAGUGUGUUUGA